AUGGCAUUGGUCGACAUCUGGCGAUCUCCUUACGGAAAUAAGCAGGUAUUCUCUUGCUUUAGUAACACAUAUAGGUCCAUGUCCCGAGUUGAUCUGGCUCUCGCCAGCCCCGGGCUCAUUAAUAAGGUUAAAAAAAUGAAUUAUGAAUGUCAUGGCAUCUCUGACCACAGCCCGGUUAUGGUAAUACUGGACAGUCCUAAGAAACCAAACCAAAAUAGAAUUUUUAAACUCAACCCCCACUGGAUGACAUUGAUAAGGGAUUUAGAUAAGAUUAAUGAAGAAAUAAAACUCUUCUGGAGGGAUAAUGUUAAUUCAACACAUAUCCAUAUGGUUUGGGACUCGCUCAAGGCAUAUCUUCGGGGUAUAUAUUCAUACGAAAUCAGGAAACAGAAAAAUCUCUUUGCCCAAACUCAAAAAGAAAUAGAAGGGAGGCUCAACCAGAUAACGAAUGAGAUUAUCCACGUAAAUACCCCAGAAAAACAACUCCAACUUAAAAAGGCACAAGAGGAAUAUAAACAAAAUCUACACAAAAAAGCACAGAACAAAAUGUUUUUUUCAGGGUUGAGGAGUUUUAGCGAGUCCGGCAAGCCAAGCAGAUUAUUAUCUAUGAUAGUAAAAAAUCAAAGGGGAGGUUCCAAUAUCACUGGAAUUAGGACAGAGGCAGGAAACAUCCUACGAGACCCCGAUGACAUCCUAAGGGAAUUCACUAGGUAUUUUUCGACACUGUAUCAAGCCGGGUCCCAAAAUCAGGGAGAAAUAAUAGAUCAAUAUCUGGAUAACAUUGAUAUCCCCGAGUUUGACCAACAAGACAUUGAUUGGUUAAAUAGACCUAUACAACUGACCGAGCUACAGACCACGUUGUAUUCCAUCAAGGGCAAUACAUCCCCAGGGGUGGACGCAUAUGUGAGGGGUGAUGAGCAGAAUAUAGAGGACAUUCCUACAGAUAACCGCCCAGAUGACUGGACCAGGAGCUCAGAGGAACAUCUGAUAUCUUCAGAUUUUAAAGCAGAUGAUCAUGGUGUCAUAGAAGAUACAUAUGAAGAGCAUGUUAUUAUCUCGAAUAUAUCAUCAGCCAUUCACAGCAAAGAUCUAUCUUCUGAUCCUUUGGAUCGAGUCCAAUCUUCUGAUUUAUCACAGACUGUUAAGCAAAAUAAAUGUCGCAGAAGGGAUGUUCAACAUCAAAGGGUACACACCGGGGAGAAGGCUUUUUCAUGUUCACAGUGUGGGAAAUAUUUUAGCUUUAAAUCAGCUCUUGUUAUUCAUCAGAGAAUUCAUACAGGAGAGAAGCCAUUUUCAUGUUCAGAAUGUGGGAAAUGUUUUAACAAAAAGUCAAAUCUUGUUGCUCAUGAAAGAAUUCACACAGGGGAGAAGGCUUUUUCUUGUUCAGAUUGUGGGAAAUAUUAUAGCGUUAAAUCAGCUCUGGUUAUGCAUCAGAGAAGUCAUACAGGGGAGAAGCCAUUUUCAUGUUCAGAAUGUGAGAAAUGCUUUAACAAAAAGUCAAAUCUUGUUGCUCAUGAAAGAAUUCACACAGGGGAGAAGCCUCAUUCAUGUUCAGAAUGUGGGAAAUGUUUUAACCGUAAAUCGGAUCUUGUUAAACAUCAGAGAAUGCACACAGGGGAGAAGCCAUUUUCAUGUUCAGAAUGUGAGAAAUGUUUUUCAGAUAAAUCACAUCUUGUUAGACAUCAGAUACUUCACACAGGGGAGAAGCCAUUUUCUUGUUCAGAAUGUGAAAAAUGUUUUAACCAUAAAUCACAUCUUGCUAUACAUAACAGAAUUCACACAGGGGAGAAGCCAUAUUCAUGCUUAGAAUGUGGGAAAUGUUUUACAUAUAAAUCACAAUUUGUUAAGCAUCAAAGAAUUCACACAGGGGAGAAGCCAUUUUCAUGUUCAAAAUGUGGAAAAUACUUUAAUCAGAAAACAGAUGUUGUUAAACAUCAGAGAAUUCACACAGGGGAGAAGCUAUUUUCAUGUUCAGAAUGUGGAAAAUGGUUCACAGAUAAAUCACAUCUUGUUAGACAUCAGAGAAUUCACACAGGGGAGAAGCCAUAUUCAUGUUCAAAGUGUAGGAAAGGUUUCACGGAUAAAUCAUAUCUUGUUAAACAUGAGAGAAUUCACAGAGGGGAGAAGCCAUUUUCGUGUUUAGAAUUUGACAAAUGCUUUAAACAAAGGUCAGAGCUUUUUAAAAAUGAGAGAAUUCACACAGGGUAGAAGCCAUUGGUAUGCCCAGAUUAUGAGACAACUCUCGUUGACCAGCAAAUAAUUCACAGAGAGGAGAAGCUAUUCUGAUGUAUGUGGAAAGUGUUUUAACACUCAGCUGUAAUUGCAGAUCAAAGAAUUCACACAGGAAAAAAUGUUUUAUGUCCGAAAUGAGAAAAUGUUUUAUAAACAAGUUAUAUCUUCUCUUACGUUCUAACCAGCAGUUAGGGGUAUUUCCACCCCUGCCCUGUAGGACAGUUGGGAGUCUUUAAUUUCAACAAAUUCAUCACUAAUUAAUUAGAGUAACAAAAAAUUAUAAUAAAACAGCACUACUCACUGAGACUUUAGCUAAAAAUAACCAUUAAGUGGUGGUGCCAGCGGUGUCGAAUCCUGGCCUAUGCACUCCUAAGUAUAUAGUAAAUUUAAAAGGAAAACCGCGGCACUAGGUCUUCAAAAAAAUGUAAUGUUUGUUUAGGGUAUAUAUAUAUAUAUAUAUAUAUGUUGCACUUUGUAUGUCACAUUGAGCUUAAGAAAGACUCUUUGAGUCGAAACGUUGCCUGCCUGGUGGGAACAAACACUGAUUUUUUUUUUUGAAGACCUUGGAGUGCGGCGGUUUUCCUUUUACGUUUACUCAUCGGAGCCAAUACAUUCUAAUACUAUACGGAGCGCGCUCAUCCCUACUUUUAAUGUAUUGACUUUAACAGGUCCUGGUAACAUAGGUUUAGUGGGAAGGAAAGCAAAGCAACUUCCAAAUGAAAGCACCUUGCAGCGAGGAUUAUGAUAUAUAACAAUGUCUGAUAGAUAUAGAUUUAAAAGGUGCCAGAACGUUGACUUUUUGACCUUGCUAUGAACCAUCUUUCCAUUGUUGACUGAUUUUAAAAUCCAAGCUGACAGGAGUCCGUCUCUCUUCUUUCAGAAAACUCUAGGCGUUGCCAAGAGCAAAAGUCCCGGUCAGUGUGCCAUUCAGAUAAAAAAUUCAGGAUAAACCGUUUUCCUCUUCUAGAAGGAUAAGAAUAAAGUGGGGAAUAUUCAUUCUGAGGAAAGAAAACAAGACAUAAAUUGUUCAUAUCCAUCCGGUCAAGGUACCAGAAUAUCGACCUAGGGGAAACUCCACAUCUAGGGGGCCAAGGACCUUUAAAGUGGUUAAAGGUUUGAAAAAGAGCUAUGAUGGCAGAAUAAAAACAUUCUGGAAAUGAUCAUUGCUAACCAAGUUAGUCCGGAUUCACUAUGGACAGCCUCUAAAUCCUGAACAGGUCUAGCAUAGAGGAACUGUGUUCUGGUCCGGAUGAAGGACCUACACCUCUACUCAGCAGGUGCUGUACUUGAUAUAUUAAGGUUGUCUUGCAGUUCUCAAAGGCCAGAAAGUCAUCUGCUCACUUCUGUGGAAGUGUAUACUUCAUAAGAUCUUUCUUCUGCAUAAAGUGAAACAUCUACUGAGGUAAAUGUGCUUGUCCUCAUUGGAGUGCAAAGUACACAGUUUCAUGCCUGUAACAUACAAUUUAAAGGGUCCUCCUCCUAAAGUUGAUACAUUGUAGCCAGAUUAUCCUGGCAUUCUUUUGUACCUGCUGGGACAAGGGUAUAAGUUUGACACCUGUCUUGGGUUGCUCCUCCAAACUGAGAGUGCUCUUAGAAAACCCUACCCUCAGGUUGCUACGACUGCUUAUAAUGUCUGCAAAGCCCUAAGGAAAUGUAUUAUUCAGGGUCUAGGGUUUCAGCUGUGAUGCUAGAUCUUAACAGAUGUGUUGUCCGUUAAAUCUAUGGCCUAGAUUACAACAAGUAAGUUGCUCUCUGGCUUAGACGAGGGAUAAUUCUUCCAGGUAAACCUCUGUGGAUUAGAGUAUGAGUCAAGUAGUCUCUUUGGUUCAGAACUGGAUAAGUUAAUGGAAACCUUAUCUGAUAUAAAAUGCAGAUCAUUAUAGCAGUCCUUCAGGGUAAAUAUAUACCCCCCAGAGGUAUAACAAAAGGAUAUAAAGCCUUGAUAGGGUCAGUCGGGAUGGCUGUAUAUUUUAGAAUCUCCGCAAAGGUGGUCAUAGUCCUCAAUGAGAAGCAAGGCCUUAUGUUUCUGUAAUAGUAGCUUCUAUCUCUGGUCUUAAAAUUGCUUACCCAUUUUCCUGUCUUAGAGCAUUGCUAAGAAUAGCUGUUCAGAGAGCAGGCAGUGUCAUGCUCCUGCAAUUCACAGCCUCUCUGAUCAGGAUGUCCUCGGAUAUUCACACUGGUUGUGUUCUCUAAAGCAGCCUCCUUAAGAAUACAGAAGAAUUUCCUUGGUUCCAUACUUGGAUUGGCUAUCUUCAUGCUACUGUCCAGUUAUAUCAACCCUUCUGCUGAGGAAGCAUCUUGGUAACUGAUGGUUUUAUGCAUUAUUUAAGCAGAUGCAGAAGUAGUUUCUGGAACCUUGUGGCACUUAUGCCCCCUAUAUAGAGUAGAGAUCCUGAGCAUGUGGAAAUGUUACCCGAAGGGGCUGAACAGUAGGUGCACCCUGUCAUUUUAAGCUCGUCAUUCCCUCAGAUGGUAGAAACAGUGUUUCGUAAAUCCAAACGAUCUGGAUUCUGUUGACUACUAAUGACUCUGAACUAGAUUGAGAAUCGCACCUAGAGGGGCAUACAGACAAUGGACUCUUGGAGUCGAUCGGAAAAUCUCUUACUAUAUAUUUUUCAUCCCGUUGACUUUUUACAUACUUUACUAUUCAGACCGGAGUGGUCCUACCAGGGUGACGCUCUUUUUCUCCUCCCUGCUUCCCUUUCUUCUUGUUCUUCCGCAUUUUUUUUAUGUAUUUUAUAUUUAUAUUUGUCUCAU